UUUCCUGAGUUCAGUCUUAGAGCACCAGCUGAGCAAUGCACAGAGCAGACCUGUAGCCAACUUACAUCAUCUUCGCCAUGAAGACAGUCACUGUGCCUGUGCUUCUGACGUUGGCUCUUUGCCUUAUACGAGAUGCUUCCAGUGAGGAUGCAAAUCAGGAAACAUGCAGUGAAUUUCAGGCAUUGCUGAAAAAUGGAAAAUUGUUCUGUCCUGAAGAUAAAGAACUUUCCCAGAGCCCUGAUGGAAUAGCCUUGAUCAACAAAUGUAUCACAUGCAAAAGGACAUUGGAAAAUGCAGCAAAAUCCCAGGAAAGGGCCGUGCAUUUAGCAAGAGUCACUAGAGAUACUGCCCAAGCAAAGCUGAAUUGCGAUGAUUUCAAGAAAGGAGAAGAAGAUGGAGAUUUUACCUGUAAUGAAGGUGAAGCUGCUGUUUGUGGCACAGAUGGAAAAACAUAUCGUAACAGAUGUGAGCUGUGUGCUGAGAAUGCGAAAACUGGUUCUCAAGUCGACAUAGGAAGUGAAGGAGAAUGUGGGAGCCCUAACUCCGUGGAGGAUGUAUGCAGGGCUUAUCGGGCCUAUGUGGAAGAUGGAAGACUUGGAUGCACAAGAGAAAAUGAUCCAGUUCUCGGUCCUGAUGGGAGGACCCAUGGCAACAAGUGUGCGAUGUGUGCAGAGAUCUUCUUAAAAGAAGCUGAAGAAAAUGCCAAACGAGAAGGUGAAAGGAGAAUUCGACGAAAUGUUGAAAAGGCUUUGUGCAAGGAAUAUGAGAGACAAGUGAGGAAUGGAAGACUAUUUUGUACACGAGAGAGUGAUCCAAUCCAAGGCCCUGAUGGCAAGAUGCAUGGCAACAAAUGCUCCCUGUGUGCUGAAAUAUUCAUGCGACAUUUCUUAGAAGAAAAAAGUAAAGCUAAUCAACAUUUGAGAAAACCUAAAGAAAAAAUAGUAAAAAGAGAAACUGAAAUUGAGAAAGUCUGCAGUGAAUAUGAAGAGCGUGCAAAGAAAGGAAUACUUUUCUGUACCAAAGAAAAUAACCCUACUCGUGGUCCAGAUGGGAAAAUACAUGGCAACGUGUGUUCCAUGUGUCACGCCUUCUUUCAAGAAAAAUUUGACAAAAAGAAAAAGGUUGAAGCCCUUGUAAGAAGCAAAAGAACACCUGCAAGAAAAUUAUCAUUUGAACACUAUUGCCAUGGAUACCGAAGACUACUGAAGAAUGGAUUACUUGCUUGCUUCAGAGCGGGUGAACCCUUCAAGGGCCCAGAUGGAAUUGAAUAUUCCAGCUACUGCAUGAUGUGUCAAGCAUACUUUGAAGCAGAACUUGAAAAAAAGAAAAAGAGGGAAGGACAAUCGAGACCUAAAAGACAGUCUGAGAAAACAGUUUCUUUUGAGGAGUUGUGUGGUGAAUACCGCAAAUCCAGGAGGAAUGGACAACUGUUCUGCACCAGAGAGAAUGACCCCAUCCAGGGCCCAGAUGGAAAGAUCCAUGGCAACACCUGCUCCAUGUGUGAUGCUUUCUUCAAAGAAGAAGACAAAGCAAGAGCAAAGGCUAAAAGAGACGCUGCAAAGGAAAACUGCAAUGAGUUUCGCAACUUCGUGAGAAAUGGAACGCUCCCAUGCACCAGAGAUAAUGAUCCUGUUCUUGGCCCGGAUGGGAAAAUGCAUGUGAACAAGUGUGCCAUGUGUGCACGUGUGUUCCAACUUGAAGAAGAGGAGAAGAAAAAUAAUAAAGAGAACGAGAAAGCUGAAGCUGACAAAGUUAAAAGAGAAGCAGUAGAGGAGCUGUGCCGUGAAUACCGGCAAUAUGUCAGAAAUGGACAUCUCCCCUGCACUAGAGAGAACGACCCUAUCGAGGGUCUGGAUGGAAAGAUCCAUGGCAAUACCUGCUCCAUGUGUGAGGCCUUCUUCCUUCAAGAAGCAAAAGAGAAGGAAGAUAAAUCCAGAGGAAAAGUUAAAAGAGAAGCUGAAAAGGACUCUUGCAGUGAAUAUCGGAGUCUUGUGCAAAAUGGAAUUCUUUACUGUACACGAGAAAAUGACCCUGUGCGUGGCCCGGAUGGCAAGACCCAUGGCAACAAGUGUGCCAUGUGCAAGGCUGUCUUCCAGAAAGAAAAUGAAGAAAGAAAGAAGAAAGAAGGGGACAAUCAGAAACAUGCUGCGGGGCAUGGUUCAAAUGUUGGUGGAGGGAAAGAUCAGGACCCCUGUGCGGAGUUCCGGGACCUUGUGAAAAACGGCAAACUCAGCUGCACUCGGGAGAACGAUCCUGUGCGUGGUGCAGAUGGGAAAUCCUACAACAAUAAAUGUGACAUGUGUAAAGAAUUACUAAAAAGAGAAGCAGAGGAGAAAGAAAAGAAUUCUGGCUUAAGAUUUAAUAAGACUGGGUCAGCAUCAGGAAAGGACGUAUGCGAUGAGUUCAGAAGCCAAAUGAAAAAUGGAAAACUUACCUGCACCCGAGAAAGUGACCCUGUUCGGGGUCCAGAUGGAAAGACACAUGGCAACAAGUGUGCUAUGUGUAAAAACAGACUGGAAAAGGAAGCAGCUGAAAAAAAGAAGAAAGAGGAAGAAGGCAAGCAAAACACAGGCGAAAAGAGCAAUGACAAGAAGCAGGAUCAGUGCUCUGAGUUCCGGAGCAAGCAGAAAAAUGGAAGACUUGUCUGCACCAGAGACAACAGUCCCUUCCGGGGCCUCGAUGGGAAGAUGUACGUCAACAAGUGUGCCAUGUGCCAAACCAUCUUUGAGCGAGAAGCUAGAGAAAGAAAAAAAGAUGAAGGAAAAUCAAAUUCCCAAUCCUCAAAGGAUGCAAAGGACCAGUGCAAAGAGGUUACGAAUGAAGCAGAAGAUGCAAAGUUUAGGCAGUCUGCGGGUUCCUUGGCCUACGUUGGCAUAAGUGCAGAUGAGUGCAGUGAGUAUCGGAAGCAUGUGCGGAACGGCGAGCUCAUCUGCACGCGGGAGAAUGACCCUGUGCGCGGCGCCGAUGGCAGGACCUACAAGAACAAGUGCUACAAGUGCAGAGCCGUCUUUCAAAAAGAAGCUUUAGAAAGGGCGAAACAUCCAGCAAAGCCGUCCCAUAUUAGAGCUUCUGAAGAGAGACCAGAUUCCUCCAAUUCUUCUCUGGAUUCUGAGAUGUGCAAGCACUACCGAGUUGUGCCCAGGAUGGGUUUUGUUUGCCCGAAGGAUUUACAGCCUGUGUGUGGUGACAAUGGCCAAACAUACAGCAAUCCCUGCAUGCUGUGUCAUGAAAACCUGAUACGUCAGACCAAUAUACACAUACGUAGCCAAGGGAGGUGUGAAGAGAGCAGCACCCCAGAAAAGACACCUGGCAGCGCCCACGUGGGACCAGUGAUACAAGGAUUGAUGAAAACCUCGAGGAAAACAAACACAACCCAAUUCUGAAUCGCCUACCUUUGCCAUCUGUAUAUAACAAGAAUGCUUCAGAGCUCUUUUUACUUACUGUAGGAAACAGUGCAGAGCCUUUGGGAUUGGACUCCCUGGUCUUCAGUCUUUCCCUCUCUCCUGCUAGACUGUGUCGUCUGAGGGCGUGGAGAAAUCCCUACCCAGUCUGUGCUCUGGAAAUCUCAUCAUAGUGUUGUCUGUCCAACCACCUGUUAAUAAAUGUAGACUCAGCAGAACACAUUUUUGGGGGGAUUUGGGGGAUUUCUUUGUCAAUUCUUAGAUAGUAACUUUUUUUACAGAAGUUGGAAAAAUUCUAUCCUUUUGUUGUGUUAAGUCCAAUGACAGACAGAGAAUAUCCACUCUCUGCAUGCAAGUUGGGAAGGAGCACCUAGAGGAGAAGUGGGAUGCUACAGUCUUUCAGGCCAUCGACAGCUGUGUAAAUCUACCUGUCCUCCUGCCAGCUCCCUACCUAGCUUAUGUAUUUCCAUGAACAGCCAAGCUGUCUCUCAGUUCUGUGCAUCCCAUCUAAUGACGCAAACUAGUAAAUUUUCAAACCUCAUCAUAUUGCUUCUUGACAAUUCCCUACAUUAGAGCCUGGUACCUGUGGCCUGGGAAAGACCAAGGAAAUGACCACCGGUAUGUGUGAGUCUCUGGAGCACCCCUCUCCAACAGAAAUGUAGGGCAAGCCAUAUGUGCAGUUUUAAAUUUCUCAGUAGCUAUGCAAAUGGCUAAAAGCAAUUCUAACAAUGUAUUUGAUGAAGGCUAGUCUAUCCAAGGUAUCAGUGGAACUGAUAUAAAGCUUUUAAUUUACAAAA